GGGGCGGGGCGGUGCCUGCUCUUCCUCUCGCGCCACGCCCGAGCCGGAGCCCGCGUCGGAGCCCUGCACGUCCCGCCGUGGGCUGGCCGUCCGCCCGCAGCCCGGGGCCCGCUCGGACUGAGCCCCGGCCGCCGCCCCCGCCCGCUCGGCAAGAUGUCGCUGAAGGAGGGUGCGCAGCGCAAGUGGGCCGCGCUGAAGGAGAAGCUGGGGCCGCAGGACUCGGACCCCACAGAGGCCAACCUGGAGAGCGCCGACCCCGAGCUCUGCAUCCGGCUGCUGCAGAUGCCCUCGGUGGUCAACUACUCCGGCCUGCGCAAGAGGCUGGAGAGCAGUGACGGCGACUGGAUGGUGCAGUUCCUGGAGCAGAGCGGCCUGGACCUGCUGCUGGAGGCCCUGGCGCGCCUGUCGGGCCGCGGCGUGGCCCGCAUCGCCGACGCCCUGCUGCAGCUCACCUGCGUCAGCUGCGUGCGCGCCGUCAUGAACUCGAAGCAGGGCAUGGAGUACAUCCUCAGCAACCAGGCCUACGUGCGCCAGCUCUCCCAGGCUCUGGACACAUCCAACGUGAUGGUCAAGAAGCAGGUGUUUGAGCUGCUGGCUGCCCUGUGCAUCUACUCACCUGAAGGCCAUGCCCUGGCCCUGGACGCCCUGGACCACUACAAGACCGUGUGCAGCCAGCAGUACCGCUUCAGCAUCGUCAUGACAGAGCUGUCCAACAGUGACAACGUGCCCUACGUCGUCACCCUGCUCAGCGUCAUCAACGCCAUCAUCCUGGGCCCCGAGGACCUGCGGACCCGCACGCAGCUGCGAGGAGAGUUCAUUGGGCUGCAGCUGCUGGAUGUGCUGACUCGGCUCCGGGACCUGGAGGAUGCAGACCUGCUGAUCCAGCUGGAGGCCUUCGAGGAGGCCAGGGCAGAGGAUGAGGAGGAGCUGCUGCAGGUCUGCGGUGGCGUCGACAUGAGCAGCCACCAGGAGGUCUUUGCCUCCCUGUUCCACAAGGUCAGCCGCUCCCCAGUGUCCGCCCAGCUGCUGUCGGUGCUGCAGGGCCUCCUGCACCUGGAGCCGGGCCUCCGCUCCAGCCAGCUGCUCUGGGAGGCCCUGGAGAGCCUGGUGAACCGGGCCGUGCUCCUGGCCAGUGACGCCCAGGAGUGCACCCUGGAGGAGGUGGUCCAGCGGCUCGUGUCCAUCAAGGGCCGGCCCCGCCCGAGCUCCCUGGACAAAGUUCACAAAGGUGUCCAGGCCGACCUAGGCCAGAGUCAGGGUGGCGGCGCCCCCCCAAGCGUGGGCACCCCAGAGGCGGAUCUGAAGGGCCAGCAGCCCCUGGUGACCCCCGCCUCCCUGCCUCUUGUCAGCAACCAGAGUUGGAGCAGUGGGGCUGCCCCACAGCCCACAGCCCUGGGGCAGCAGGCACCCGGCUCACCCCUGCCUGCGGCCAGCCUCCCCGGCUCCCCUGCUGUGCCCCCUCCCCCACCUCCACCCCCUCCCCUGCCAGGCCCAGGGACCUCGUUCCCCCCACCCCCUCCACCCCCUCUACCCCCUCCCCUGCCAGGCCCAGGGACCUCGUUCCCCCCACCCCCUCCCCCCCCUCCCCUGCCAGGCCCAGGGGCCUCGUUCCCCCCACCCCCUCCACCACCCCCAUUGCCUGGGCCUUGUGGGACCCUGCCCCCUGCUCCCCCACCACCCCCGGGCCUGCCAGGCAUCUCGGACCCCCCUGCAGUGGGUGGUGAGGAGAUUAUUGUGGCCCAAGUGGACCACCACCUGGGCUCCGCCUGGGUCCCCAGCCACCGGCAGGUGAACCCGCCCACGCUGCGCAUGAAGAAGCUGAACUGGCAGAAGCUCCCUUCCCACGUGGCCCAAGAGCACAGCUCCAUGUGGGCCUCGCUGAGCGUCCCGGGGGCCGAGGUGGUGGAGCCCGACUUCUCCAGCAUCGAGCAGCUCUUCUGCUUCCCUGUGGCCAAGCCCAAGGAGCCGGCGGCCACCCCAGUCCGGAAGGAGCCCAAGGAGAUCACUUUCCUGGACUCCAAGAAGAGCCUGAACCUCAACAUCUUUCUGAAGCAGUUCAAGUGCCCCAACGAGGAGGUCGCCGCGAUGAUCCGUGCGGGGGACACCAGCAGGUUCGACGUGGAGGUGCUCAAGCAGCUCCUCAAGCUCCUGCCGGAGAAGCACGAGAUUGAAAACCUGCGCUCGUUCUCGGAGGGCCCGGCCAAGCUGGCCAGUGCCGACCAGUUCUACCUCCUGCUGCUGGGUAUCCCGUGCUACCAGCUGCGGGUGGAGUGCAUGCUGUUGUGCGAGCACACGGCCGUCGUGCUGGACAUGGUGCAGCCCAAGGCCCAGCUGGCGCUCGCCGCCUGUGAGAGCCUGCUCUCCAGCCGCCGGCUGCCCGUCUUCUGCCAGUUGAUCCUGAAAAUCGGGAACUUCCUCAACUACGGCAGCCACACGGGGAACGCGGACGGCUUCAAGAUCAGCACGCUGCUGAAGCUCCCGGAGACCAAGUCCCAGCAGAGCCGCCUGACGCUGCUGCACCACGUGCUGGAGGAGGUGGAGAAAAGCCACCCGGACCUGCUGCAGCUGCCCCGGGACCUGGAGAAGCCCUCCCAGGCAGCGGGGAUCCACCUUGAGAUCAUCCGCUCCGAGGCCAGCAGCAACCUGAAGAGGCUCCUGGAGAUGGAGCGGAAGGUGGCGUCCUCCUGCCCUGAGGUGCAGGACCAGUACGCCGGGCGCCUGCAGGCCAGCCUCGAGGCCUGCCGGGCCCUGGAGGAGCUGCUCCAGGCCGUCGAGCAGAAGCGGCUGGAGCUGGCCCACUACCUGUGCGAGGACGCCCAGCAGCUGUCCCUGGAGGACACAUUCAGCACCAUAAGGGCCUUCCGGGACCUCUUCACCCGGGCCCUGAAGGAGAACAAGGACCGGCAGGAGCAGGCAGCCAGGGCCGAGAGGAGACAGCGGCAGCUGGCGGAGGAGGAGGCUCGGAGGCCACGGGGCGAGGACGGGAGGCCUGUCAGGAGGGGAGACACGAGGCAGGAAGAGGUAUGUGUCAUCGACGCCCUGCUGGCUGACAUCAGGAAGGGCUUCCAGCUGCGGAAGACGGCCCGUGGCCGAGGGGACGCAGACCCCCCGAGGGAUAAGGCACCUGGGGCCUUCAGAGCCGCCACAGCGGGCCCCGUGGGAGGCCCCAGCUGCCCUGCUGCUGGCCCUGUGGCAGCAGCCAGGGAGCCCCAGGACUGGGACCUUGUGGAUGCCGCCGCCCCCAGCCCGCAGCCCCCCAGAGACCCGCCAGAGGUGGUCGGCCCUGGGCCCCAGGAGAGGCGAUCGUCCUGGUACGUCGACGCCAGCGAUUCCCUGCCUGUGGAGGACGCCCUGAGCUCCCAGCCCUCCGCCGGGGCCUGGCCAGUGGUGCUCGGGGACACUCAGGCCCUAAAGCCCCUCCAGUUCUCCACGGACAAGCCCCCUGGGGCCCUGGGCUCAAGCCAGGACACCGAGGCCCCCACCACCCCCCAGGACGUCUGCCAGGCUGAGGCUGACAGCACAGGGGAUGGGCCAGGGGACACGGUGGCCCGUGGCCGAGGAGCCCGCCUCCCCGCUGCAGGCCCUGGUGAGGACGGGGACAAGGAGGACACGGCCCCAGAGUCCGCGCUGGACACGUCCCUGGACAGGUCCUUCUCUGAGGAUUCGGUGACUGACUCCUCAGGGUCCGGCACCCUCCCCAGAGCCCAGAGCCGGGCCUCAAAGGGUACAGGCAGGCGGCGGCGGAAGCGCCCACCACGCAUCCAGGAAGAGGUUGCCCCCGAGUCCGACGAUAGUAAAACUAAAAGGUUCUGUGUGGUCCAGUAAGGCCUCAGGCCCAAGCCCAAAGCCCAGUGACAGACACGCAGCAGCCUCUACGCAGCUGUGGGCCCUGAGUGUGCCGCUGGGCAGAGGAGCGUCCGCGUCCCGGGAACCCCAAACUCCGUGCCUUACCCAGCCAGGGACGGGCCUCCCUGAGCAUUCUGGGGACGUCGAGGCCGGGACCCCAGCAAGCACCUGGCAGCCUGCCUGGUGCCCCCCUGGACUGCCUGCACACGCCAGCCCUCCCUCUGUCCCUGCAUGGCCACGGUGCCUGCUUGCCCGCGGGGGGUCUGGAGGCUGCGUCCCUCUGAGCUUGCACCCCCUUUCCAGGGACCUGGCACCCAGAUUCUUCUGGAGACAACCCCUUCCAGACCCCUCCCCCUAACCCGUGGGAGCCAAAUAGAGCUGGAGCCCCCCACUGCCCCCUUACUGGGCCCCCAUUCCCGCUGCCCGGCUCUGCCCCCCAACAUGCUCAGCUGGGCCGGAACA